AGAAAAGUGUAUAUGCAAAAAUCAUUCGGACAUCAUUUUCCAAGUCGAAUAAAAAUAAUCGAUGCGAGACUUCUCGGCACGCGUACAACAUACUCGCACGUGCCACUCGAUCCGUUCCCUUCAACAAGGCACGCGCAGAGGGGUAGAGAGAGGAAAAAGGGGGAGUUUGCAUCUGCCGCUCGUUCGGACCUUCACACAACGGUUGAACAGCCGAGCCUCAAAGGGGACCGAUGACAGACAGACUCCCUCGCAGGGCCCCCCUUUUUCGGGUUGUAACGGUUGUGAAAAUGAGGGGGUUGGUAGUAUGCGACCAUCGACGUUAGUCAACGGUCGUAUUCAUUGACAGUUCUCUGUAGCGUAGUUAAUAACGAAGGUAUACCGUACUUCUCGUGACAAAAAGAAAGAAAAAAAGGCAUUUUUUACGAGAAAGAGUUUACCAGAGAAACUUUGCGCGACACAAAGGAACCAUUAGUGUGCUUGCAAGCGCGAGAAUCUCUCGACACUCCGACCUGAUAACGAAGCUGAUAUCACGGAUAACCGAUCUGACGUUAAGGGACAAACUUGCAGAAGCGCACGUUUCUACUCGAAAGCAGAAGCGCAUAAGUAACACGAGGUAUCAUUACUUCCAGGCGAUGGCACAGUAGAUAAGCACUAAAUCAUAAUGAAGAGAUAUUCAUCGGCACCUUGUUUAGAAGACAUUGGCAAUGAUGCUAAAAGAAUAAAAGGAAGUGAACAAUAUGCGGAUCCAAAUACAAAGGAAUAUCUCCAGUUGGCUUUAGCAAGAGUCCUUGAGUUACAACAGGAAAUCAAGGAAGGCACAUACAUCCCAGAAAUCGAUAAUAGUAGUGAUCUGGACGCAUCGGGUAGCGAGGAAGAUCUAACAAAGGAGAUACUUACCAAAGUAUUUCAAGAUCUACCCGGAACACCUAACUCGCUUGCUAAAACAAUAGACAGAGAAACACGUUGGAGAAAUUAUCGUAUGGAUGUGAUGCAGAGUAAAAGGAUACAAUUACUAGGUUUCGAUACUUGCCGGAGAAUGGCCCUUGAAUUCAUGAAAACUAUCGUACGGGAAUCACAAAACAGAUCCUCCUCAUUAAAUACGGUCGAACUCGACAAUUUUCAACAAAACGAAUCGUUGCAUUCGAGAGGUGGAAUUCAAGCGAGUGAUUUGCGUAAACGGGAGUCUAACGCACAGGAAAUUCGAGCAAGAAUGUUGAGAAGUCUGGAUUUGCAUUUGGCUGCUAAACAAAGAGACUAUACGUCCAAAUUAAUGAGAUCAGGUUUGUUAAACAUUUGUCUUAUAAGACAUUAAAUAGAUGUUUACCUUUUGUGGUUAUGCCAUUC